AUGUCAAUUUUACCAAUUACUUCACCAAGGAAUUCGUUUAAUGAGGAUGUUUAUCCAUACAAGCGAAGAUCUAGUUAUUGGACAGCAUCUAUUCCUAUAUUUUUAAGACGUUUAUUUAGAUUUCCACAGAUGACAAAAAAUCAAUGGGCGAGAGAUGAUCCAGCAUUUGUUGUAAUUUUAUCAUUUCUAUUAGGAAUAUCAGCUAUUGCAUGGGGAAUUGUAUAUGGACAUGGAAUUGUUGGAAUCUUUAAAAUGAUAGCUUUCAUGGUUUUUGUAGAUUUUGUAAUUGUUGGAUUAUUUAUUUCAUCAGUUUGUUAUUUGCUAAUAGAUUUCUCACACAUAAACGAACAAUCCACGCUGUAG